UGGGACGCUUUUGUCCGGAAGUGUCGGGAACUGUGAGCAGUGCAGGGUUCCGGGCCGGUGUGUUUGAGUCAUUGUAGCCGGGAAGAUGCCGGAGCUGGCGGUGGAAAGGGUGGUGGUUCACCCGCUUGUGUUGCUCAGCGUGGUGGACCAUUUCAAUAGGAUUGGAAAGGUCGGAAAUCAGAAAAGAGUGGUCGGUGUUCUCUUAGGAUCGUGGCACAAGAAAGUUCUAGAUGUUUCGAACAGUUUUGCAGUUCCAUUUGAUGAAGAUGAUAAAGAUGAUUCAGUUUGGUUUCUUGACCACGACUAUCUGGAGAAUAUGUAUGGCAUGUUUAAGAAAGUCAAUGCUCGGGAGAGGAUAGUUGGUUGGUAUCACACUGGACCCAAACUGCACAAAAAUGAUAUUGCAAUCAAUGAGCUCAUGAAGAGAUACUGUCCAAAUUCCGUACUUGUUAUCAUUGAUGUAAAGCCAAAAGAUCUGGGCCUUCCCACUGAGGCAUAUAUCUCUGUGGAGGAAGUUCAUGAUGAUGGAACUCCAACCUCAAAGACCUUUGAACAUGUCACCAGUGAGAUUGGUGCUGAAGAGGCCGAAGAAGUUGGGGUGGAGCACUUGUUACGAGACAUCAAAGACACUACUGUGGGGACCUUGUCGCAGCGUAUUACCAAUCAGGUACAUGGGCUGAAAGGACUCAACUCCAAACUGCUGGACAUCAGGAGUUACCUUGAGAAAGUGUCCACGGGCAAGCUGCCCAUCAACCACCAGAUCAUCUACCAACUGCAGGACGUCUUCAACCUCCUGCCAGACGUCAACCUGCAGGAGUUCGUCAAGGCCUUCUACCUAAAGACUAAUGAUCAGAUGCUGGUGGUCUACUUGGCCUCCCUCAUCCGCUCGGUGGUCGCCCUUCACAAUCUCAUCAACAAUAAGAUUGCCAACAGAGACGCCGAGAAGAAGGAGGGACAGGAGAAAGAAGACAGCAAGAAGGAAAGGAAAGACGAAAAGGAGAAAGAAAAAGCCGACUCCAAGAAAGAUGAAAAGAAAGAUGAAAAGAAAGAGAAAAAAUGAUGAGGUGGCAUUGUUAGUUUUUAGUUGUAUGUUUGCUGGUGGCUGGAACAUGUAAUAAAAA